GUGGUUUCUGUCGCUGGCGUUGUUUAAUUUGUGUAAAUUCACGCCGUAACAAACUCUAAGACAGCCUGCUGUGGACCAAAUUCAUCUGUGUGACCAUCAUGGGCAGUUAGUGUAAACUGUCCUAUUAUCAGCUGAAGGUGAGGAAUACCUUGGAGCAUACCUCUCCCUCUCUUCCGUCUCAGUCUUCUCGGUUUUCUCCACCAUGGCUGAUGAAGAGUAUGGCAGCUUUGUGGACUGGAGCCAGAUGGGGGACCUGGCCAAGAGCAGCGGGCCCACCAAGGUGGACUGUAAAGACCUGAAAGAGUUCAAGCAAAUGGCCCGGCAAGGCUACUGGGCCAAGAAUCACAAACUACGAGCACAAGUUUACCAGCAACUCAUCAAGGCCAUUCCCUGCCGUACAGUCACCCCGGAUGCAGAGGUGUACCGCGACAUCAUGGGAAACGCAGGCACAAAGAAGCCCUCCGCCCUCGCCCCGCUUCCAGAGUUUGUGGAUGAGAAUCCUGUACCGCGGUACUGCCUGAAGACGGAGGCGGUAGCUUCAGCACAUCGGAUCAUCAACUGCGUGGCUGGACAGUUUCCAGACAUCUCCCACUGCCCGGCGCUCCCGGCCGUUACCUCGCUGCUCCUGCACUACAGCGCCGACGAGGCUCAGUGCUUCGAGCACGUCAGCCGCAUACUGGCUUGCAACGAACCGGGAAAGCGGCUGCUGGACCAGACUUUCCUGGCCUACGAGUCCAGCUGCAUGACUUUCGGCGACCUGGCCAAUAAAUACUGCGCCCCCGCCCACAAACUGAUCGUGGCCACUGCCCAGGAUGUGAUGGAGGUGUACUCGGACUGGCAGCGCUGGGUGCUCGGCGACCUUCCCUUCAGCCACAUGGCCCGGGUGCUCGACGUCUACCUGGUGGAGGGCUAUAAGAUUCUCUACCGUGUGGCCAUAGCGCUGCUCAAGUUUUACCGAAAGCACAAAGCCGGAGCCCAGGCGGGCCAGGGGGGCCAGCAGCAGGAUUCAGGCAAGAUCAGGGCGGAUAUCCAGGCUUUUGUGAAGGGCAUCGCCUCCACCAUCACCCCCGACAAGCUACUGGAGAAGGCCUUCUCCCUCCGCCUGUUCAGCCGCAAGGAGAUCACGCUGCUGCAGCUGACAAAUGAAAAGUCUCUGCAGCAGAAAGGAAUCACUGUCAAGCAGAAGCGUUCUAGGCGAAAUGUUCAGCUGGCUCUUAACCCCGACACGUUUUCCUCCGAGAUUGUCAGCGCCAAAGAGAUGCACGACAUCUGGUCAUGGAUCCCCGAGCGCUUCGCCCUGUGCCAGCCCCAGCUCCUCUUCACCACCUCCACCCAUGGAUGCAGCCUGAACAGAUUCUACUCCCACUGUGAAGGCUAUGAGCCCACUUUAAUGCUCAUCCGUACCACAGAUGGCGACGUUUGCGGAGCCUUCUUGUCUACAGACUGGGAGGAAAGAAAGAGAGGAGGAAACAAACUGAGUUUCUUUGGCACAGGAGAGUGUUUUGUUUUCAGGCUGAAACCAGAAAUGGAGCGCUACGAGUGGGUGGUGAUCCGCCACCCCGAGUUGGCUUCGUCCAUCAAAAGGCAGGAACCAGAGGACCAGGCAGCCUCUGAGGACCAGAAUGCAGACAACAGCCUGCAGCAGCCGGAGAAACCUGUGGGAGAGCUUUCCCCAUUUCUGUCCGCCCGCCACUUCAACCUCAACUCUAAGAACACUUCCAUGUUCAUGGCAGGAAACUUUGACUCCAUCAUCGUGGGGGGAGGCGACGGCAACGCUCUGUACAUCGACUCUGAGCUGAAUCACGGACGCACCGGCAGGUGCACCACCUUCGACAACCCGCCCCUGUGUGCGGAGAGCUUCCAGGUCUCCCUGCUGGAAGCCUGGGGCUUCCAGGAUGCGAUGGCCUCAUAAUGCAGCCGUUUACAGUCACACUCUGAAACAAAACCUGUAUGAUCUCUAAAGAAAUAGGUUUUACCACUUAAAGAUGCAGUAUGAUGCUUAAGACACACAGUCUGGUGUGAAGUUAAGUCUUAAAAUGUUUCAGGUGGAAAUUGUAUGCAAAAAAACCUAAAUCCGUCCUGAAAAUUCAGCUAUUUUAUUUAUUAAUGCAUUUCAUCCAAAUAUCAACAUGUGAAUCGGAAAUGUGAUCGUCGUGUUUACUUGUUUAUUUUUGUAUUUACAGAGUUGUACUAUGGUGGUGUAAUUCUAUUGCAGAGGCGACGGAAAUGUUCAGGCUCAGCUGUGCUUGUCUUCCUGUUGUAGUCAAACUUUUGGAUUUCUCGAUGGUAAUGUAGACGUUUUGCUCUGCAGUUCAUCUCAAUCUGCCAAACUCAGUCGCACAGUCCGCUCUGCAGUCCUUACAGAACGGACUGGGAUUUAAAGAAGCACUUGUGAAGUCCAGUAUUAGUUUUCGUGGUGAAUGUGGACUGAACUCGAUAGAGGCCGCAUUAGGUCAGUUCUGACUUCCUAUUUUGUAAGGUCAUGUUUCGGUCCAUUGCACUUUUGAUUUUCUGUACAUAACUGGGAGACCUGCUAAACAAUGUCAAUAGUGAAUUUGAGUUUUGCAAUUUUGCACUGUUUUUUCUUUUCUGUGACUUUUUUUUCUGUUCAGUCUUUUUGUUCCUAUUCACAUCAAUGCAUAUGUUCCUGUGGAUAGCUGUUAGCCUUUUUAAGGUAAAAGAUACAUUUUCGUGGUGUACAGAUAAUGGAGAUAAAUGCAGCUCCUUCAUCCUUUUUAUUUUCCAUUUUCCUGUUACCUCCGUCCUUUUUCUGCUUAAAGAUGGUUCCUAAGAAGUCCAGUUCUGGUGUCCUGUUGGCAAAGUGUUGUUGAAGUUACACAUUAACUUGUAUGUUGAAACAUGUGCGCUGGUGACGAUUGUAUGUCAGUUGUGUAAAAAAACUGCAAAUGUGAAAAUACAGCAUUCUGCUUUAAGUAGA